GAGUGUUUGCAGCUGCAUCACGCCCUUUGAAAGUGACGAGCUGGCGGUCCGGGUAACACAAGCUGGCUUUUGUCAAUAGGGCUGGAUCGCUGGUCACCUGGGAAGAGAUAUAUACUUACACUGCAGAAAACUACUCAUUCCGUUCAUGCAAAGUGGCUUUAGCUUGCUGGAGUCCAGCUGUGUGUUUCAGUGCCUGAGCCCACCAUGUCCUCCGACGCCUCCUCCCCGAUCUCCCCCGGCUCCCCGCAGUCUCCCCUCUCUCCGGGGUCCCUGCAGCUGCCUGAGUGCGGACGCACCCGAGAACGCUGCCCGUCGCCCAUGAGGGGCUACCUGAUCCCCAGCCCCCUGCCCACCCGCCGCUCCAGGACCUGUUCUGCGGCGGCACGGGCUGCGGCGGGCCCAUUGUACACGGGCGUGUGCAAGUGCUUCUCUCGCGCCAAAGGACACGGGUUCAUCACGCCCUCGGACGGAGGCGCAGACGUGUUCGUGCACAUCUCAGACAUCGAAGGAGAGUACGUUCCAGUGGAGGGGGAUGAGGUCUCCUACAAGCUCUGCUCCAUUCCUCCGAAGAUGGAGAAGGUCCAAGCUGUGGAAGUGACCAUCACCCACCUGGCCCCUGGCACCAAGCAUGAGACCUGGUCAGGGCAUGUCAUCAGCAGCUAGGAGACCUGGCCAACGGCUUCAUCAUCGGAAGCACCAGCCACAGGAGAGGAGGGGGUAGUGUGAGGAGGAGGACAGUCACCCUGUCACGUGGGUGGCCUUUUAUUUUUAUUUCAAAAGGAGAAAAAUGUAUAUAGCGCUGCUUCAGGUGUGUUUUUUUUUGUGUGUGUGUGGGGGGGGUUAAUUUUAACACCAGCUUAUGAAAAGCUAGUUGUGAAGUAAAGCAGUUUUGUUCCCCUCACCAUUACUUUCCUUUUUUUUUUUCUUGGUAAUUGAGGUGUAAAAAAAUUAAUCUUGAUACUUGUGUUCUGAAAUCCCUUUUCAUAAGUUUGAAGUGUUGGAGGCCAAACCAUCCUGGAUGUGUAUCUACAUUAAAUGCAGUCUGUUUCUAA